CUGAUGUAAGUAUUUGACAACUGUCAGUUGUGCGAGCCAAGCAAGUUUAAAAUUUUAGAUUUCCGUUCAAACUAUUUCAGAAACUUUUGUUGCGUUUAUAAGUUAACUAAAUACUAACUACUUGAUGUAACUCUGAAGAAAUAGGUACCUCAAACAACAAAUAUCUACCUUCUAUAGUAAUAACACGGCAACGUAACUUCUAUGUGAAGUAAAAUGCUGAGAAACGAAUCCACAUCUGAAGGUCGUUGCUACAACUUAAACGACCCUGCGCAUGCUACAAACCUCGUAAAAAGUUUGAGUUCCUUUAUUGAACUUCAAAGUUUGGUCGACAUUUUGAUAUUGUGCGGAAACCAGAGUUUAAGGGCUCAUAAGCUGGUUUUGGGUUUACAUAGCUCUUUCUUACAAGAGGAAUUUCAGAAAAAUCCAAACAUUGAACAAAUCGUUCUGGGAGGUAUGGACUUUGCGGUAAUAAAAGACCUCGUCGAAUACAUGUACUGCGGCAGAACAAUUAUCGCAGAAGAAAAUUUCAAGCAUUUCAAAGCUGCAGUGAAACUUUUAAAAAUCCAAAAUUUAGAAACAUAUUUUUUCAAUGAUUGUAGUGCCGAUGACAUCUACUUACCCGAACCACAAUUUCUAACGAAAAAACCUAACAUUUUUAUGGCAUUCUCCCCAAAUAAAUCAACUAAAAACGCUACUAAAUCUUCCAAUACUGCUUCUGUAACUAAUGCGAAAUUCCACCAACAAGAACAGAAGGUUAUUGAAAAAAGCAAUUCCUUAACCAUUAAGCCAUUUAAAGAAAAUGUACCGAUAAAGCAAAUACCUCCUACUCACAUACCGAUGACAGCAACCAUGAGAGGCAAAAGAGUUUUAAAAAAACAAGUCGAACAAGCAUUUUUGAAAGAAGCUCAAGCUUCUCGUUUGGCACUAACUAAUUUACAAAAGGAGAUCCGAUCUACAUCACAGAGCGUCAAUUUUAUUGUCGAAGACACUUGCGCCGAAACGUGUAUGGAAAAUUUCAUACCGCAACCAGAAGAAACUCCUUCGUACUUGGAGAUAGACCGAAUCAAAAAAGAAACCCCACAAAGUAAUUCAUUUCAGCCACCAUCAUUAUUUGAUGAUGGUCCGAAUCAAAGCCAGUUACCGACAAGCAACAUUGAAAACAUCUUCGAAGCUCAAAAUUCAUCCAAUGUAGAAAGUAUGUAUAAAAACAACAGUGCGGAAAUAUUGUGUUUUAACAAACCAAUUUUAGAAGAUUUGAUCCCCCGUGAUUUGCAAUAUCAGUAUGGCAUCGAAAACAAUCCAACACAGACAGUUCCUGAGCAAUCGCAACACAUUAUCCAACUUGGGAAUUUUUUGAAUGCAACCAAUAGUAGCUUCAAUGAGAGUUUAUGCAACAUAGAUACAAAUCUUCGUAAUGAAUGUCCCAUAAUCAUACCUACAACCUCCUCUGCUAUAGGACAACCAUCUAUGGAAGUUUCAGAUUUUGAUGAUUUGAAUUCGUUCUUUAAUAAUUUUCAUAACUUACAGGAUCUACAGAAGCUGGCAAAUCGUAGUCUCCACCCCAAGGUGAGUGCACUCGCUCUGACAUGCCUGCAUGAGGAGUUUGGUUUGGUAAAUGACCAUCAUAACCCAUAUUUGCCAUCUAAAACAAACACACAUAUUUAUUAAUAAAUAGUAAAAAUACUUAAACCAAAAGUCAUUAGAUUUACCUGAUCAUAUCCCAUAUUCUCCAUUUGGGGCAAGUCUUGCUGUAGCUGAUCAAGAGGUCGUUCAGGCAGCUGAGGCUGUAUACUGUGUUGCGGCGUAUGAG